AUGGUCUGCUAUAAAUAUGAGGACUGUGGUCCACCGCUCCAGUGCCUCCCGCGGUCGGCAUUCAAAAGGAAUGGCCUCCAGGACCUCCAGUUCUUCCAGCAGGGCUCGAUACGAUACUUAUGUCGUGACGGGCCGUGCUGCCCGCGGCCGUGCCCGCCUCGUUGUCCGCCGUGCGUGCGUCGCCCACCACCCGGCAAGACCUACGUAACUCGCUUCAGCGACUUCGAUCUGCUAUCUCAGUGG